GUCGGAACAAUUUGCAUGUCACUGAUAUUUUCGCUUCUCUUUGUAUAAUGUGCAUUGGAAUCACCCUAUUUGCUCUGAGCUAAUCGAUAGGUCGGAUGCAUCUUAUCGGCAUCUAAUUAUCAGACCCAAUUUGUCGCAUGGUCAUCUAACCCCUUGCUCGACUAGGGGGUCCGUCAUGGAUCAACAGCGGGGGAUUUUCCAUAAGACAACACUUGAGUCAACGACUACUUUGCAGCAAAAAUCAUUUCAUACAACCACUCUCGCAGGUCAUAAAAGACCGCUUGCCGAUCCCGGCGGUUCUGAACAGCAGCCGACCUCUGUACCGAGAAGGCAGAAUGAAUUCCAAAAAGCAUCGGCUGUAGGGAAAGAUAUUCCUAGGUUAACCGCUAGCAUCAUCGUCGCUGCUGAUCCCGAUGCCGAUACUACUACACAACCCUCCGAAUAUUCGCAGCGCCGGGCAGUACAAGCUACCCCCAGAGCAGUAGUUGAUCGAUCUCUCUCGCUAUCAUUUCCGAGAUAUGGCUUGCCUAGUUCACUAGUGAAUAACCUAAGUGCUCUUGGCAUCAAAGAAAUCUAUCCCUGGCAAAAGCAAUGCCUUUUAGGUCCGGGCCUCCUAAAUGGGUCAAAAAACCUGGUCUAUACGGCGCCAACUGGGGGCGGAAAAUCCCUAGUCGCCGAUAUCCUUAUGCUGAAAAGGGUCCUCGAGGAUUGUGACGCUAAAGCUUUGUUAGUGCUUCCUUACGUUGCAUUAGUGCAGGAGAAAGUACGAUGGCUACGGAGUGUCAUGCAAGAUAUCAAGAGGCAAGAUCCUCACAAAGAGGUAUCCGAAAAGAAGGAAAAUUCGCUUUGGCAAAGACGUGCCGGCGAAGACACUAUCAGAGUUGUCGGAUUUUUCGGUGGUGGCAAAGUUAGGGCUACGUGGGCUGAUUUCGACAUUGGCGUUUGCACUUUCGAAAAGGCAAACACGCUUAUAAACACUGCUAUCGAUGAUUGUACCAUUACUAAUCUUAGAGCUGUCGUGCUGGAUGAGCUACAUAUGGUAGACGAUGAUCAUCGUGGUUAUCUCAUGGAACUUAUUGCUACGAAGCUUUUAAGUCUCGAGCAUGAAGUCCAAAUUAUUGGCAUGAGUGCGACCCUACAAAACAUCGAUCUAUUAUCACGAUGGUUAGAUGCGCACAUAUACAGCACUUUCUAUCGGCCGGUACCUAUCGAGGAGUAUCUCGUCCACGAGAGCCAAAUUUACCCGGCUUCAUCAACUAGUGGACUACUGAAGACCGCCACUCAACUCACUUCGGUGCAUUCCAAUGCGAGCCAGUCCCGGAAUCAUCCCGUGAGAAUUAUACGGCCAAGCCCACACAAGGAAUUCAAGGAUCCGGUAUUAAAUGCGGUUGUCGCAUUAGCAACGGAGACAGCAAGAUCAGGUUAUGGUGCUCUUGUAUUCUGCAAUAGUCGUCGUAGAAUUCAUUAUGGCUGUGAAUCCGAUGCGCGGCUUAUCAGCCGUGCUAUAAGUGAUACUUCUCUUCUCGACCCAACCAUCGUGGAGAAAAGACUGGACCUUUUAGCAGACUUACGUAGUCUCAGUACGGGACUUGACCCCUGCUUGGCUGAGACGGUCAUGUCUGGGGUUGCUUUUCAUCAUGCCGGCUUGACAACAGAAGAACGUGAUUUGAUUGCUAGUGCUUACGAUGGCGGCGCGUUAAAGAUACUGGUAGCAACUUGUAGUCUUGCCGCCGGUAUCAACCUUCCAGCCAGGAGGGUCAUCCUUCACAAUGCACGAAUGGGUCGAGAUUUAGUCGGGCCCUCUAUGCUUCGUCAGAUGCGAGGUCGAGCAGGGAGGAAAGGAAAGGAUGAGAUAGGAGAGACCUAUCUAUGUUGUCGAAAAGAGGAUCUCCAGGCCGUCAUCGAGCUUAUGCAUGCCGAGUUACCUAACAUUUCAAGCGGGCUGACGACGGAUAGACAUCGCAUACAGCGCGCGUUACUAGAAGUCAUUGCUAUCAAAUUAGCGAAUUCGAGAGACACGGUUGAGGAUUAUGUUCGGAAAACUUUACUGAACCUGUCGGCAGAGCCAGAUACCAUCAAAUCUCAUGUCGAGUCAAGCUUAGAAGACUUGAUUACGAUGGGGUUCAUCCACUCCGAUGAACCCGAUUCAUACGUUACGACACAACUAGGCAAGGCAGUUGUCGCUUCAUCACUAGAACCAGAGGAUGGCGCAUUCGUUUAUCGCGAGAUGCAGCGUGCUUUACGCGCCUUUGUGAUGGACGGAGAAAUGCACAUUCUCUAUACGUUUACGCCGGUGCACGAUACAUCUGUUAUGAUUAACUGGCGGGUGUUCAGGUCAGAAAUGGAAGGCCUAGACGAUAGCGGACUCCGCGUCAUGACUUUCCUUGGCCUAAAACCGACGCAGGUCAACAAGAUGGCACAAGGUGGAAACCUCAAAGAAACAACGGCGGAAGAAAAAGAAAUUGCGCGGAUCUAUCGCAGAUUCUACUUAGCCCUUCAACUGAGGGACUUGUGUAACGAGAUGCCUAUCCAUAUCGUCUCUCACAAGUACGAUACGCCCCGAGGCGCCGUCCAGAACCUCGCACAAACAUGCCAAGGAUUUGCUGCUGGGAUGAUAAAAUUCUGCGAACAGAUGAGUUGGGGGGCGAUGGCGGCCAUUCUCGACCACUUUUCAGAUAGGCUGAACUCGGGAGCAAAGUCAGAUCUGCUGGCGCUAACCAAAAUUACGUUUAUCAAGAGCCGGACAGCAAGGGUAUUCUACGAGAACGGGUUCAAGACGGUCGCAGCGAUCGCAAACGCCGACCCCAAGGAACUGGUGCCGAUUCUUAUUCAGGCGCAACCGAGCAAGGUGAGGCUCAAAUCGAAGGAUGAGGAAAAGUUGGAAGAAAAACUGGUUGCCAAAGCAAAAAUCAUCGCGGACUCAGCGAACCGGUUGUGGCAAAUCGAGAUGCAGCAGCAGGUUUAUGAGGAAUAGGAUGUGGUCCGCGUCUUACCCCAACUCCUCUUGUACCUGUCCAGUCCAUGCUCCGUCUUUUUUUUUUUACCAUCAAUCCAUCUCCAUCAAUCCAUCUCUAUCAAUUCAGCCAGUGUCUAUGAUUCGACAAGAUCGUAUUAACUCCUCCAACCCGCCAAUCUCGAGUAACCUAUUAGAUAAUUCUAAUCGAAUCAGACCCGAUGUUGAAUUUUUAUUGAUGUGGUCGCUGUAAGUUACUGCGGCUGCGGCGUAACCCCGAGACAAGUCGAUCUUUUUCUGUUUUAUCUUUCCUACACCAAGCUACCACCGCUACUACCACCACUACCACCUACACACACAUUGGUAUGUAGCAGGUACUUACACUGAAGUAGCGACGUCUAUGGCGUCUCGGACACUGCAGCCGCGCUGUUGGUUG